AUGAAGACGACAAAUUGGGUUUGCUGGCUGUUGGUCGUGUGUGUCUGCCUCGUCGAAGCUAGAUACAAGAUCAGAAGACCCCCGUUGCCACCACCGCAACCGCCGAAGCUCAUUUACAAGAAGACAUGGCCGAUCGCUCAUAGAAUCUCGAUGGGAAACACGGUGCACGUGAAUGGAAAUUUCCCGCCAAAGAGAAUGGGCUAUAAACCCCUGAAUUACAGAAUACGUCGACCACCGAUGUUCAACGCGCCACCUACCAUCUGGAAAAAUCAAAUCCCGAUAAGAGCUCCUUUGAAUAAUCACGCGGUUCUGCCGCAACGACCACCCGUCAAGGAGUUCCAUUCCGUGAACAAAAUGCCGGAAUAUAGCCCAGAGUACAGACCGGAAGCCGCUGUUCUACCACCGACCCACAGGGGCGGCGUGGACGAUGACAAAGGGCCGAUUCAUACGAUUCCUGCGCCUAAUCUGAGCCCCAUGGAUAAACCUUUCAAUGGCGAAGUGAAUACAGAAGAUAGCUCUCAGCGUCAGCAGACAACCGAUGCUACGUACAAACUUAAUCCUCAUGGCUCGCUGUUAUCGAACUUUGAUCUAGCUACCAUUAGUACGAGCUUGACGCCACAGAAGACCGUGACGAGUCCCACGCCAGUGCAACAUCAAUACGAAGUGACGGAAAGCAACGAUAUCGGGCAGAAAGACUAUCAGACCGUUUUACCUACGUUCUUGCCUGCAGAGUUUGCGACGCUCUCGACACUGGUGAACCCUGAUUUGCAAGCGAACGACGUCUUCUUGAACAAUCGUCCAGCGUCGAAUAUAGGUCUGAUCGGGACCAACAUUCAGCUUGGACAGCCAAACCUGCCUAUGCAAACAAAUCUGCAUAGCUCGCUGCACGUUGGUUUCCCUGGUAUCGCUGGUCAGACGCCGUUCAUCAUAAAUCAACAAAUACCUGAUCUACAUGGCCAUCCGGGACUCGCCAACCCUCCACUCUCGGCCACUCAGCCCUACGAUCUCUUGAACAGCUUCCCUCAAAAUAUGCCGGAGCAGUAUCAAGCAGGUCAACAGCCACAACUUCAACAACACAUUCUUCAGCAGCAACUCGGUCAAUUCUUCCAGCCUACUGGCGUAACUGGUUUCUCGCAGCCUCAGAUGCAAUCGUUCAAUUACGACGAGCAAGAUAAUAAGGAGCAACAACAGCAGCAGGUCUUGUUCAACCUGGAUUACGUCGCUGGCAGGGUCAAUACGAAUUACAACGUGGGCCCGGAGACUCCUAUGGACGACGAAGAAAGUGCUGAUUUACAACCGAACGAGGAUCUCGCGUAUAUCACCGAUGGGAACGAGCAAUUGGAGAAUAACAUCGAAUACGAGGAAACCGGCAAUCAAAAGAGUCAGACGACGUAUUUCAAUAAAGUAGCCAACAACGAUGGAAUAUCCACGCAAUUUUACACGACCCUGCCAAAUCGUGAAGCAGCAGAAAAAUUGGCAGCUCUAGCAGCUGCUGGAAAUGUCAACAGUCAACUGAUAGGGCAGUUGCGAAAGCAACAGCAGCAACAGCAACAGCAGCAACAGCAACAGCAGCAGCAGCAGCAGCAACCAGAGAGCGCACAAGGUGAAGAGAUUAUGCCACCUAAUCAUAAGAACGAAGAAAUUAAUGACGGUGGACGUAAUGAUCAGAAAUAUUAUCAGGAUCGAGCACAAAAUCGACAGAAACAACGACAAAAUCAACAACAUGAACAACAGUUGCAACAGUACGAGGAACGGCAAAAAGAGUACGAUAGGCAACAGCAACAGCAGCGACAGCGACAGAAUGUUUAUAGUAACAAAGGACCAUUGAGAAUUAUGGUGCCAGAUGAGAAUGAUUAUAGCAAUACCGAACCACAGAACGACCAGACGAAAGAAAAUGCGGAAGUCGAAUACGAGUACGAGAAUGACGAAGCUGAUGUCGGUAGUUCGCAAUCUAAUGCACCAUUUGAUGAUAGAACGCCUUAUGACGGGACAAAUGUUGAAUUUGGAUCACGUUUGAAUUCCAAGACUGGAGUAUAA